AUGGGUGUUCUUGCGGCUGUCUCCGAGCCUUUGCGUCAUCUCUUAUCUAAUAAUUCCACUGGCAUGGUUAUCGCUGGAGGCCUCUUCUCGUUCGUUGUUGUUGCCGUCGUUUUUAACGUGCUUGCCCAACUACUUCUCAAAAAUCCCAAUGAGCCUCCACUUGUGUUUCAUUGGGUGCCAUUCAUUGGCAGUACCGUCACCUAUGGAAUUGAUCCCUACAGAUUCUUCUUUAGCUGUCGGGAGAAGUAUGGUGACAUCUUCACAUUCGUUCUUCUUGGGAAGAAGACGACAGUCUGUUUGGGGGUGAAGGGAAACGAUUUUAUUCUCAACGGAAAGCUCAAAGAUGUCAAUGCAGAGGAGGUAUACAGUCCGCUCACUACGCCGGUCUUUGGAAAAGAGGUUGUAUAUGACUGUCCAAAUGCGAAGCUGAUGGAGCAAAAAAAGUUCGUCAAAUUUGGACUCACCUCCGACGCCCUCAGAUCCUACGUGCCCCUGAUCGUUGAGGAGGUCCAAAAUUUCGUCGCCCGCUCUGCCACGUUCCAAGGAUCCAGGGGCACUUUCAACGUUCCCGGCACUAUGGCCGAGGUAACAAUAUAUACUGCCUCUCGCUCUCUCCAGGGCAAAGAAGUCCGCUCGAAAUUCGACUCAAGCUUUGCGGACCUCUACCACGAUCUUGACAUGGGCUUCUCUCCCAUCAAUUUUAUGCUACCAUGGGCACCCCUGCCCCAUAAUCGGAAACGCGACUACGCGCAGAAGAAGAUGGCCCAGACAUAUCUGGAAAUCAUCGAGGCAAGGCGCGAAGCCGGUUCGCAGCGUGAUGCCGAUGACAUGAUAUGGAACCUAAUGUCCUCUGUCUACAAAAACGGCACCCCGGUCCCCGACUUAGAAGUCGCUCACAUGAUGAUUGCGCUUCUGAUGGCAGGCCAGCAUUCCUCGUCCAGCACUUCGGCAUGGAUUCUCCUCCGCCUUGCUGCCCGUCCUGAUAUUCUCGAAGAAUUGUACCAAGAGCAAAUAUCAGUCCUCGGCCCAGAUAUGCCGCCACUCAAUUACGACUCCCUGCAGUGUCUCACUCUCAAUUCCCAAGUAGUCAAAGAAACCCUGCGCAUACAUGCGCCCAUCCACUCUAUUAUGCGGAAGGUUAUUGCGCCCAUGUCAGUAGAAGGGACGCGAUAUACAAUACCAACGUCUCGCGUACUCCUCGCUGCACCAGGUGUAACAUCAAAAACAGAGGAUCACUUUCCCCAACCCGAUCUGUGGGAACCACACCGCUGGGACGAGGGGUCUGCCCUUCAUGGUUCGAACAAAGAUGCUGACGAUGACGAGAAAAUCGAUUACGGUUAUGGACUCGUCACCAAGGGUGCCAACAGUCCGUAUCUGCCGUUUGGAGCUGGAAGACAUCGGUGUAUUGGUGAAGCGUUUGCAUACGUCCAAUUAGGCGCUAUCACGGCGACGAUGGUGCGGGCGUUCCGAUUGAAGAAUUUGGAGGGCAAGGAAGGAGUUGUGGGGACGGACUACUCGUCGCUGUUCUCGCGACCUUUGAACCCUGCGGUAGUGCAAUGGGAACGAAGAGAAAAGCGGGAAAAAGCAUGA